AUGGAUGGGUCUCUCUUCGUGGAAAUCCAGGACAAAGACCCGAAUAAACCAUCGGUUAGAAGGGAACUGUUUCCGUGUGAGGAGCACGUGGCUAAUUCUUUGCCGGAAUCAGAAGAGGAUGCCCAAUCCAUUGUAUGGUUGGAUAACAUCGAGCUGGAGUCAGUCUCCGAGGCCUCAAAUGACGCCUCGGAUGUAAUAGUCAUUUCCGACGACAGUUCGGAUGACGAGAAAGAGGAUGCCCAAUCCAUCGAAUGGUUGGAUAACAUAGAGCUGGAGUCAGUCUCCGAGGCCUCAAAUGACGCCGGAGAUGUAAUAUCUGACGACAGCUCGGAUGACGAGAAACAAAUAUUACUAAAUUAUGAAGAGUACCUCAUUGAAAAAAAAAAUAUAGAUAAAAAAGACAAAAGACUGGCCAAAGUAGACGAGGAGCUAGAGGGAGUGAAAUUCACCCUAAACUCCCUUUACUCCGACGAGUUCUUGCAUCCUCCUAUAGGACAAUCAGUGCCACCCCAAGCAGGGUCAGUUGAGUCAGCAGUGUCACCCCCAGCAGGGUCAUUUGAGUCAGCAGUGUCACCCCCAGCAGGGUCAGUUGAGUCAGCAGUGCCAGCCUCAGCAGGGUCAGUUGAGUCAGCAGUGCCACCCCCAGCAGGGUCAGUUGAGUCAGCAGUGUCACCCCCAGCAGGGUCAGUUGAGUCAGCAGUGCCAGCCUCAGCAGGGUCAGUUGAGUCAGCAGUGCCACCCCAGCAGGGUCAGUUGAGUCAGCAGUGUCACCCCCAGCAGGGUCAGUUGAGUCAGCAGUGCCAGCCUCAGCAGGGUCAGUUGAGUCAGCAGUGCCAGCCUCAGCAGGGUCAGUUGAGUCAGCAGUGUCACCCCCAGCAGGGUCAGUUGAGUCAGCAGUGCCACCCCCAGCAGGGUCAGUUGAGUCAGCAGUGCCACCCCCAGCAGGGUCAGUUGAGUCAGCAGUGCCACCCCCAGCAGGGUCGGUUGAGCAGCAGUGCCAGCCUCAGCAGGGUCACCGGUGCCAGCCCAACAAGUGCUACAGUCACCAGUACUACCCCGUUAAUUGUCAGCAACAUCCUGAGUGAUUCCAAUGAUGUUGAGGAUUAA